AUGUCUUCUAACGCUAAUCUCAACGGAAUGAGCCCUGUGGAGCUCGAAAGUGAGAUAACUGAGCUUGAGCUUCGAUUAAAAGAUGCCCGCAGCAGAUUACAAGAUGCCGGCAAACUCUCUAUCAGGAAUCUUUCCAUGGACCAUCAAGACACCAACAAGAACACGCAACUUCCGUCAUUCCUGCAUCCACUUUUGUUGAUCUGUGACACAGCCUUACCCUUGGGUUCGUUCGCCUAUUCCAGCGGUCUCGAGUCAUUCAUUGCACACAACAAAGUUUCUUCAACGCAAAAUACUCAGUCAGCAUCGUUUCAAAGAUUUCUCAAACUGUCAAUUGCUUCUGUAUCCAGCACUUCUUUACCAUAUCUCUUGGAGGCUUAUCGCUUCCCAGGGGAGCUUGAAAGAUUAGACAAUGAUUUCGAUGCUUCAACACCUUGCACGGUAGCACGAAGAGCCAGCGUUGCUCAGGGUAGGGCACUAUUGAACGUGUGGGAAAAGUCCUUUCGCAUGACUUAUUCCCGUCGCACUCAUACGAUUGAUCCCUCCACAACUAUAUCCGCCGUAGCGGCCAUCGAAAACUUUUCCCAAGCCUUGAAAUCUGGUGGGUUUGAUGACGAACUUCUGGGUCCAAAUGGUCAUUUCGCUCCAUUAUGGGGCACAUUCUGCUCUGCAGUGGGCAUCGAUAUCAACCUAGCAGCCUAUACUUUCAUGUUGAAUCAUGCAAAGGCUGUUUUGAGUGCAUCGGUGCGCGCAUCUGUCAUGGGACCUUACCAAGCACAAAGCAUUUUGGCUAGCGAUCAGCUCCGUGACUCACUAAAUAACAGGAUACAAGCUGAAUACCAUACCAAAACCGAGGAUGCUGGUCAGGUAGCUCCAGUACUCGACUUAUGGGUGGGUAGGCACGAGUUGCUGUACAGCAGGAUAUUCAAUUCGUGA